AUGGAAAAACAGCAUAAAAAUUGGAAAAAAGUGGAGGAACUCCACUACAGUAUAGCUGCAGAUUUGUUCCAGACCUCUCUUCUCACACAAGAGCAGUAUGAUUUCCUUGCUGAAUUAUCUGAUGGCAUUAUUCUUACUCCUUUGAAGGAAAUCAUCUUUGGAGAACUCUUCUCGAUCAAUGAGGGAGAUAUCAAGCUGACUCCUUUUGAUUUAACUGUUGAAUCAUACUCAUUUUGCAUCGAGAAAUGAAUGCUCAUAGUUGAAAUUCUACAGGCUUCUGACCUAUCUCAUCUUGUGAGCUCAGAAAGCUCACAAGAUGUAGGUAUGAGCACUAACUUGGCUGUGAAAUUAUCCCUCAAGAAUAUCUCAUUAUUUAAUUUCGCCGUUUACUAUCUGUCCGGGUUCCAAAAGAAAGACAUCAACAGAGUUUCUGGAGGAAGUACCUGACCCAAUUUCUCUAGUCUUAGGGAUGUCUUCAAGCAUAUAGGAAAGCUAUACCAUUUCUGCUGAAUUCUGUGCAAAAACUACACUUCUCAGUAUGAGAAGUUAUUCCUACAGACAAUUGACACGAUCUCUACUCAUGCUGAGAUGGGAUUUUGUCAAAAAUUUGAUAACAUUAUUAACAAAACAAUUCUCUUCCUACACCAAGUGGUGCAUGAGAAUACUAUAAUCAUGCUACCUAGGACUAUAGCUGCUUACAAAAAGCAAAUUAACACUGCAGAUUUUCACAAUCUUCGGAAUCACCAAGAAUCUGAGAAAAGGCUCAACAAGGUUGUUGAGAUGUGAGACGCAAAGCUAAACCGAAGCUCUUCAGAAGAUCAGCUAUCUCUGGAAAGGAGCAUGGAAAAUGGCCUCAAUAAAGGCAUUGAGAUUAAUGUCAAAGACUAUGACUCCAACACACAGUGUCUGAAGGAGUCUCAUCUCCAGAACGUUGGCUGAUUCAAGAUUACUGUAAAAUAACAACAAAACACAUACAGAAGAUGUCAUAAAAUUUGGAAUGUACGAAAGAAAUAGAUCAUAUUACCUCCAAAACGCAGAUGACUGGGCAGAGAAGAUCAUCAAGAACUGGAGCUUAUCAGAGGGACAAAUCAGAUCAUAUCUUACAAAUGCUGGAGCUCCGACUCCUGAAUCUGAAGAGCUUUACCAAAACAUUAUAAAAGACCUAAAUGAUUUGUUAGCAUCAUAUGCUCCAGUGAUCAAAUCUACAGAAUUUUAUAACAAAAUUUUAGAAAUAUGCAACAUCCUUCCUGUAAAAAUAGAUGCACUAAGAAUCUUCCUGAUCCAUCAAUUCAAAUCUGAAAGUGAAGAGAGUUGGAGACUAAUCUCACAAAAGGACAUACAAACCAGUGAAAAAGAUCUUAUAGACUGUCUCUUCAGACCUUUCAGUGCUAAAAGCCUUAAGGAUGAGUACGACUACCUCAUCCUUAAAAUCCGAGACUACAACAAGUACACUAUUGAAGAUCCGACCUUCAUGUCUAGACACCUAGAAGAUGAGACAAAGAGGAAAGAGUUUAUCAACCGGUGCUUCUUCAGCAACAUUGAAAAGCUUAUUGGAAAACUUGAGGACAUCAGCCCAGAGAAAAGGAAGCUCUUUUAUCUCUUAAUCAUGAAAAUUCUUCCAAAAAUGUCUGAAAAACAGCAGAAGAACUUGAACAAAAUUUUGAACAACAAGAAAGUCAAAACUAGUGGGUCUAAGAUAACAGAGAUUCCAGAGGGACUCCAUAAUUUCUUAAAGAAGCAAAUCAAACUUCUUAAAGAGAAGGAGUUCGAACGUCUUAAAGAUAAGUACGAGCAACUUAACCAAGUUAUUCAAGAGUUUGAGUCCCAAUCAGUUGAGGAAAUGCCCUUCAGUGAGGCUAAGCAAAUCGACCCCCCAAAAAUGUCGAACGAGCGAGUAAAAGAGUUUUGCACGACCAUUGAUGAAGUCAUCUCGAUUGUUAAAAGCAACCAGAAAUACUGUGUUGAACUUGGAGGAUCCCUUCAAGCAUGGGUCUUCUCAGAACACAAAUGGGUUUCAUUACUAUUAAGCUUGCCUAAGAUACCGAAACUUCCUAAAGCUAAUCAAGAACAGAUAAAGAGAUCAUUCAGGCAUUUAAAAGAAUUAUUCGGAUGCAACAAUUCAACUAACCAGUACCAAAGACUUAUGGAACAGAUGCGUUUGUUCAUCGAGAGCUGGGGUCUGACCAAAAACACAGAGUGGACUAAACUCAUUGACUAAAAUAGUAAAAAUACCAAAAACUAAAAUUCUCUA